CCCAUAUUUUGUAUUGCUCAGCGUCAAAUUCAUCAUAAUUUAGUCGCUUCUCCUCUUAUUCAUCUUGAUGAUUCACUGCUCUCUCCAGGCUGCUUGUAAUCUAUUGCACCUUUGGGAAGUUGAGUGCAUAGUGAAGUUUAAGGAAUUGUGAUAAGACAUAGCUCGAAAUUGAUCAUCUUCAGAAACCUUUAGCAUUUUACCUUCACGUAAGGACGAUAACAGAGAAUGGUCAAAAGAUAUGGAGCGUUUUGAAGCAGAAAUUAUAUCAUGUUGCAGUGCCUAGAGGGGAUCAAGCAUUUAGGUGCCUCUCUGUCUAAAUGUUGUGAUCUGGACAGGCAAUCAACAGCCUUUGAAGAUCCAGAGAUCCUUGCACGAGAGACAGUUUUCAGCGUCAGUGAGAUUGAAGCUCUUUAUGAACUCUUUAAGAAGAUUAGCAGUGCAGUGGUUGAUGAUGGGCUGAUCAACAAGGAAGAGUUUCAAUUGGCAUUAUUCAAGACGAACAAAAAGGAAAGUUUAUUUGCUGAUAGGGUGUUUGACUUAUUUGACACAAAGCACAAUGGAAUCUUGGGUUUUGAGGAGUUUGCUCGUGCCCUCUCUGUUUUCCAUCCAAAUGCUCCUAUUGAUGAUAAGAUUGAGUUUUCUUUUCAGCUAUACGAUCUCAAGCAACAAGGCUUCAUCGAGCGGCAAGAGGUGAAGCAAAUGGUGGUUGCUACCCUUGCUGAGUCUGGUUCACAAGUUGAGGUCGAAAGAGCUUUCUUUGGUUAAAGUGUUGUGGAAGAACCAUCCACACGACGAGGUAACUUCAGAGAUCAAAGGCAUGCAGCCCGCAGCUGUUUGAGACAUCAUGUAUACUUCUUACUCCGUUCGAGGAAGAACAUGAGUUUAAGUGGCAGAGAAUGUAAUGACCAAAUAUUAUUGAUAUAGAUAUAACUUAUGAGAUGCAGAAUUAUCAAGCCAUUAGUGGGAUUAAUUUACUAUUACACUUGUUAGUUGGGUAAUGAAGUAAUUUGGACAAUAAAUAAUAGUGAAGAAGUGGUCUAGGCACACAUCUUUCCUUGUUGCCCACAUAUUAGGACGUAGGGUCAAUGAGACAUAUUAACUAAUACAUAGAAAUAGCGGGCUUUGCAAACAGCCAACAGUGCACUAUAAUGGGAAAUACAAUUGCUACCAUUUCAAUUUGGUUAACAUAUCAUUUGGGUGGAGAAAAUCCAAGUAUCAGGUGUAUAUAUAUAGAAAGAGAGGGCUUUGCAA